AUGAGCCAGAUGUUGAACGUGAUGAUCAACCGUCCGCAGCACACCGGCAACGACGGCACUGGCGAUGGCGCCGACAAAGGGCAGGCCGCCGCCGCCGCGGCCGCGGCCGCUGCAUCGAAGGGCGAAAUGAUCAGAAUCAGAGCAGGCGGAGGGGCUGGGGGAGAAGACACUACCGACCUCGUCGCUCUGUCUCGGUCCACCCUGGAGUCGCACCUCAGGCUGUUCCUCACGAGCCAGCAGCGGGUGGGCGCCUUAGAGGAAGAGAUUGCGGCCGCUAGGCGGGAGGCCUCAGCCGGUGCGGGCGCCAAACCACUUCACGUCAGCGAAGGAGAAGGAGGGACGGAUGCCAUCGUGGACAAAGUGGCCGGCGCUUGCGCCCAGCAGCGAUUCCUCCACGGCGCCACCCUCACCGGCAUCCCAACCGUUGCCGAGCUUCCGGCUGUCGCUCCCGCCGCCGGUGGUGGCGACUUUGUUCGCGAUGGCCGCGGUAGCGCCGGCCGUGCUGCCGUUGGGAAGGGCGGGCUGGAAAUCAUGCGAGCCGAGAAGAAGCAAGAGGGAUGGGGGUCGGCAGCAAGCGGUAUCGCCGGGGAACUACAGCAUCCUUUCAUUCUUCACGGGAAAUGGACACCGGGGUGGAGCAAGUGCAGCACGGCCUUCGCUCGAGCUUCCAUCAGCCCCGCGUCCAAGUGGACGGUACACCGGUUCAAGGGCGAAGGGCGGGGCGGUGGUAAGGGCGGCGGCCGGACGGGAAAGGACCGGGCGGUGGCCGGCGGGGACGGUGGAGAGCUCGCGCCAGUCGCCGGAAACGCCUCCGGGUGGGGGACCCCAGAAAACCCGCCGUCUCAGGCCAAGAGCCCGAACCCCCCUCCGUUCUCUGCGUCUUCGUGGGUGUGACUGAGUGUAAUGCGGCGAGAAAAUUCUCAGGGUGUGUAUGUAUGUGUGUGUGUGUGUGUGAAACCAGUGUUCUUGUCGGUGCGUGGUCGUGGAGAUUGACGAGGGGCGACAGCCGACCAUCACCGAUGGAAGCCAGCUUGAGUGGGGAGCCUUUUCGAUCACCCAAUAACUCGAGCGGCCCUGCGUGCCAAGAGUGGGGGCGGAGGAUGUCGGCUUUCCGCAAAUCUGGCCUUAGUGCUGCGGGGUGCGGGGGGAUUGGUUUGGCCGGGGAGGCGGAACGAAGAGAGAACCUGUUGUAGGCGAGUGCGGGAGGGAGGGAUAAAAGUCUAUCUUGUUGGCCCGUGGACGUACGUAUGAAUUGCGCCGCUUCGAGAGGGAGUCGGGCGGGAAGGGAGAGAGGGGUUUUGAGUGUAUGAUGUGGCGUUCUUCGUUGCUGUUUCGGCGGCAGAAGGAGACAACACGCUUCGGCGGAAGGAACAUUACGCUUGCUUGGGGUCGAGGGGCGGGGCAGAAUGAAAAGAACGAAGAGAAACCGUGGAUAAUAUGUCGAGAUGCGAUGAAAAAAUGUCGAUGGAGAGUGGCGAGAGUGUGUGGUUUGACGAAAAACAUGGAACAAAAAAUUUAUGUGUGAAGGUGGGGCCGCAGGUUAGAAUUUGAGUGACUUCCUGCGCAGAGGCAUGAUGUGCCGUUAGAUGUGCCGCUUUGCCGUUUGUAAUGGUCUAGCUGGCGGGCGGGGGGGGGGUACAGCGUACUGCUCGGCCUACAGUAGCUGCCGAGCAUCAAGGCCUCCAAAGUUGUGGGUGAGCGUUGUCGCUGAACAAACAUCAGCUAGCCUUGUAGGACGUAGCUGCAAACAGAGUGAAGCGACGGAGCCCGUUUGGGAUCUCGCUGUUAUCAGAAUGAAAUGACGGACC